GAUAUACAAUUCGUACUAGUAUUAUAAGUUAGCUCUCAGCUCAAAUACUUCUCUCUGAAGUCUCUCAACCAAAGUACUUGUUUUGCAGAUCCAAUUUUCACAGCCUUAGCAGUUAUGGGGUUUCUUCAUCUUCCAUACAUCCUUGCUUUUCUCACGUUAUUGCUUGCAGCGAGCCACGCCGUGCUGUCUCCUGAACUUUACUGGAAGUCUUCCCUGCCAAACACGCCGAUCCCGAAAGCCGUCAGUGAUCUUUUGCAACCUGCUGACUUUGGGGAAGACAAGAGUACUUCCGUCAAUGUCGGAAAGGGAUCGGGAGUUAACGUUAACACGGGGAAGGGGAACUCAGGCGGCGGCACCCAUGUGACCGUCGGGAAAGGCCCUGGCGUCAGGGUUAAUACAGGAAAGCCUGGAAAAAGAACCAAUGUUGGUGUUGGGAAAGGAGGGGUCUCUGUAAGCACAGGCCACAAGGGCAGGCCUGUUUAUGUUGGAGUACACCCAGGGAAAGAUCCAUUCAACUACUUAUAUGCUGCCAGUGAGACUCAACUCCAUGAGGACCCCAAUGUAGCCCUCUUCUUCUUGGAGAAGGACGUUCAUCCCGGCGCCAAAAUUAACUUGCACUUCACCAAAAGUUCAAACAGGGCGACUUUCUUGCCCCGCCAAGUGGCUGCAUCAAUCCCUUUCUCGUCCAACAAACUGCCUGAAAUUUUGACAAAAUUCUCCGUGACACCGCAGUCAGAAGAAGCUGAUAUGAUCAAGGAAACGCUCAACGAGUGUGACAGUCCAAGCGUUAAGGGCGAGGAGAAGUACUGCGCGACUUCAUUGGAGUCGAUGAUCGACUUCAGCACCUUCAAGCUUGGAAAAGACGUGCAGGUCUUAUCGACGGAGGUGGAGAAGGAGACCGGGGUGCAGACCUAUACGGUGACAAGAGUUGAAAAGAAGACGUCGGGCGAGAAGUCUGUUGCGUGCCACAAGCAGAAGUACGCGUAUGCGGUGUUCUACUGCCACGCGACACAGACCACAGAGACUUAUUUGGUGUCCAUGGAAGGCGCUGAUGGGGUGAAAGCUAAAGCAGUAGCGGUAUGCCACACGGAUACCGCGGCCUGGAACCCAAGGCAUUUGGCCUUCCAAGUGCUCAAAGUCAAGCCAGGAACUGUUCCUGUCUGCCAUUUUCUUCCUGAGGAUCAUAUAGUCUGGAUUCCAAACAAGAAAUCUGCAUAAACCAACCAGAAUUCCACAUGUUCGGUUUGAGUAGUUUCAGUUGCAACAGUUUUAGAUCAUGCGAGUCCCUUGUAAUAAUAAGUAUGAAGUAGUCUACAUUAUAUAUGCACCAUAUGAAUUAUGCUAUAUGUAUACUUGAGUAUGAAUAUAUUAAAUGUUAUUACCUAUGCUUUUGGUAA